ACUUCAUACUACCCAGGGCAACGCUGCCUCCGCGGGGACGUCCGCUAAGGUUGAGCCUGCCACCUCGCACUGCGAUGAUGUUUCUUGGAGCUGGUUUCCUGAUCGUCAUCACAUUGUCUUUGGGUGAAAGUUUGCAAGAAAUCCCUGAUGACUCAGUUCAUUAUGCAGACGCCAAGGAAGAAAUCCUGGAUCAAUGUGAGAGUGUUUGGGAGCAGCUGGAAGAGUGUCAGAACAAGCUAAAGGUUCUAGAACCAAAACCACUGCCAAAAUCAAAUGCCAAGGGUUCCUUGUCUAUCAUGCACAUGAAAGCUUUGGCAGCAGAAUAUAAUCAGUGGCAAAAAAGACGUCCUGAAAUUAUUUCUACCAAUCCAGAUCUACUGUUGUCAUUAGGAAAAAAAGAGUUACAGAAAGUAAAGGAUGAUCUUGAAAAUGUGCUGGUAUUAGCUCAGUUAAAGGAUAAAAGCCUGGAAGAAGACCUGAAAAGAGAACAGCAGUGGUAUGAAGAACAGAAGCAGUUAAUAGAUACUCUUAGUAGAACUCAAGAAGAGACAAAAAAAAAAGUUGAACAAGUUUCCAAUAAAAGUAGUUUGGGUACUACAGCAUUUCAGGAACAGAAAAAGAAAAUCUUGCAACUAAAGGUAUAUAAGAAAAAAAUACUGACUGCUCUGGAGGAAUUCCUGGAAGAACAUUUUCCUCCUCCAGAGGAAGAUGGAAGAGCUGAAGGGAAGAAUUCUCAAGAAGAGCCAAUUGUAGAACUGAAAUCACUGCCAGAUAUAUUAGAGAUUCUUGUAAACAAAUUACUGCGCACACCACAUGAACCCUAUGUACCAAUCGAUGACUCAUUCUGGCCACCUUAUCUUGAGUUGCUGCUGCGACAUGGAAUUGCUCUGAGACAUCCGGAAAAUCCAAACAGAAUACGUCUAGAAGCCUUUCAUGAGUAGUGUGACCUACAUCUUUAUUUUUAAAUUAAACUGGUCCUACUUGGAGGCUGACAUAUGUAUGUUCUAUGAUGAUUUUUUUUAAUAUCAGUAACAGUUACCUUGUGAAUUAAUCCUAACCUGCUUUUCUGUAGCUCUCAUUGUAGUCCAUGCCUGCACAAAAUUUUGCUAAUUUGAAUUAAUAAUUAUAACCUUGGAGAAUAAAAUAUGCUUUCUAUCAUAUUUGUUUAUUGAUGUAGUAACUUCAAUGAUUUCUCAGUUCAUGGAAAAAUAAAGGGUUUAAUAAAA